GUCGGGACACGGCAGCAACAUUCACAACGCUUGAAAGUCGUUUUCGUUCUGUUGAAUGAGUCAACCCGUCCUCCACAUAUGGCCGGCCCAUUUCGGUCUAAUCUCCUCUGACCCGUCCUGUCUCGCCGCCGCCCUGCUUUUGCAGUUGACUAUUCCGGGAAAGUUUGCCAUUGAAUACUGCACGAACCCGGAUCUCUCUCCCUCGGGCUCGCUGCCCUACCUCUCUCAUGAGAAUACCUAUAUCUCUUCUCUGCCUUCUAUCAUCAACUACCUGACACUCCUGGAGGGCGGCAACUUCAAGGCAGUGGACGUUGAUGCAGGGCUGAGUGCGAUCGAAAACUCUAAGAAGAUUGCGUGGUGCUCACAUGUGGAGUCAAAUUUGGGAACACUAGUCGCAUAUGUUUUAUACUCAGCUACGUCAAACUGGACGCAACUCACGCACCGGACACUCGCCUCCACGUUACCUGUGCCCCAGCGCUACUAUGUACCUAUCCGCAUGCGCAACAUGACGCGUCCCAGGCUUGAAGCUGCUGGUUUAUGGAGCGAGCAAUCUGCCGAAGCAUCGUCGUCUCCUAUGCGUAGCAUCGGCUUGCCCAAGGAAGCGUUGGCCGAAAAAUUCGCGCAGACAAUCCAACGCGACAAGGCCACACAAAUGGCCAAAGAUUGUCUCGAUACAUAUGCGCGUCUGCUGGGCACCAAUGCAUACAAUGAGUACUUCAUCCGCAAUCGGCUCACCCUUUUGGAUGUGCAAUUUGCGGCCUAUAUUCUCAUUCUGCUCAAACCGCCAUUUCCUGAACCCGUGAUCUCCGAUUUGUUGCGAACAUCCUAUCCGUCUCUAGUGGCACACGCAGAGAGACUACUAGAAUUGUCUCAAGCAUCUCCUCCCCCUCCUGUCAAGGCUUCCAGUAUUAGACAAUCACUCGUCUCUUUGCUGCCAAGACCACUUUGGAGGGCCACUCCCCCACAGAGCCCAGAGGAUAUUCUCCAGGAACGCUUGACCUGGGGAUGGAUUUCAAUGGCGGUUGGCAGUGUGGCGUUGUUUAUUAUGACGCAGGGCAUCCCACUGCGCGAGAUUCCCAAUUAAAUAAAGUACCUUACGAUUCAACGGAUGCAUAAUGACCACUUCAACUGGGGUGUAGCAGACGAUCAGGCGAGGAUUGAUCCGAUCACGGGGUUCAAAGUACCGGUGACGCGACCCGUCACACAUCGUGAGCUUGACGGCUGCGUGACCACAUACCUCUCCCCCACGCACACAAUGUCUGCAGAUGAUAUGAUGGAAGAUAUCCAAAACAUGGCGUCUCCUAUGGCUGGGGCUCGUCUGCAGUUGAUGCUCCCUCUCCUGCUGCAUCUGUUCGUCUGCGUAGCGCAAGUCGGCCUCUGAAUGUCACGCAAGACAACUCCGAACGCACAACCCGCUCUGCAGCGGCAGCCAAGUCCAAACCCCAGCCGAAGCUGAAACUGAAGCUCAGUGACAAAGCGGCGGCACAAGCGCCGGGAAUGAGCUUCCUCGGCCAGUACGACCGAGAGUUGGAUUCCGACGACGAAGACCUCUCUUUUGAGGAACACUUCAUCUUGCGCAUGCCGCCGGGCGAGGAUUGUGAGAAGUUGAGGAAGAUCAUCGCAUCGAGAGAGGUAAGGAAUGACUUGUGGUUCAAAUUCAAAGAUUCCCGGCGCGCCACCUUCAAGAUUGGGAGCAACACAUAUUCUGCCAAACUUGUCGAUCUUCCCUGCAUCAUUGAAUCUCAGAAGACACUGGAUAACAAACAGAUGUUUAAAGUGGCGGAUAUAUAUGCUGGUAGUCGAGACCCUCAUUGACACAGACGAACCGCUACAGCAGAAGUCGUUCAACAUUGAGGAUUUCAUCUGGCCACAUGGCCUGACGCCACCAUUACACCAUGUACGGAAACGCAGGUUCAGGAAGCGGGUCAAUCGCAGAACUAUCGAGAGUGUAGAACAGGCUGUGGAACGUCUGUUGGACGAUGAUUCUCUGGCCACGGAAGUCAAAUAUGAUAUCCUUGAAACGUCAAUCCAGACUUAUCAGACUCCGAAUUCAUAGAACGGGACGAGCCAAUCGAUGUUCCCACACCAGCUAUAUCAGACGGCGGGGAUGUAGCGAUGGGCGGAGACGCAGACGAGGACGACGAAGAUGACGAUGAAUCGGAUGAACCCGAGGGAGACAUCGAUGAAGAGCUGGCCGCUGAGCUGGAUCUUGCUCUCGGAGACGAGGAAGCGGACGACGAAGAUGAUGACGAUGACGAUAGCGACGAGGACGACGACGAAGAUGAUGACGAGGAAGACAGCCAAGCGAGGAAGUUGCUCAACGAGGAAAUCCGUGACCUGGAGGCUGCAGUUGCUAAGAAGGGCAACGAGAUAGCCAACUCUGCUAAUCCUUUAAUCAAGAAACGUUUCGAAGAUGCGCUCAAGAAAUUGACUGCUGACCUGGAGAUGAAACUGGCCCAGCGAGACGAGCUGCGCGAACGAAAACGACUUGAGGACGCAGGGAUCGUGGAAGACAGCACACCCCAAGUCAAUAUCAAUUCUGAAGCCGAAGAGGUCGGAGACGAUCUCUUUGGCUCAGACACGGAGAUGUCCUAGUACUUGUAAAAUAGUUUGGAUUUCCAUCUCACGAGGGCAACAGACACACAAGUCCUGCCUGAA